GCUUUUACAUGGGUUCUCUUAGAGGAAACGUUGAAGAGCCUAUCUCUCAGUCACUACCUAGACAGAAUUCUCUCUAUAGCUUAAAGCUCCAUGAGGUUCAAAACCAUUUAGGAAGUUCCUCAAAACCGUUGGGAAGCAUGAACCUCGAUGAGCUUCUCAAGAGUGUCUGGUCUGCUGAAGCUAAUCAGCCACCAGAAGCAACAGAGGAAGGGAUUCCUCGUCAAGGAUCCUUGACGCUGCCUCGAGAUCUCAGCAAAAAGACAGUCGAUGAGGUUUGGAGAGACAUUCAACAGGACAAGAUUGGAAGCAGUAGUAAUCCUCGUGGUGAGAGGAGAGACAGUAAUGAUAAUAAGCAGCCUACACUCGGUGAAAUCACACUUGAGGACCUGUUGUUGAAAGCUGGUGUAGUGACUGAGACAAUAGCGCCUCAGAAUGUUGUUAACAUAGCUUCGAAUGGGCAAUGGGUUCAGUAUCAUCAGCCUCAGCAUCAACAUCAAGGGUUUAUGCCAUAUCCGGUUUGUGAGAUGCAGGAAAUGGUGUCUCCAACGCCUUUGAUGAUGGGUGGAUUAUCUGAUUCACAACAUGCGCAUGGGAGGAAAAGAUUGGCUUCAUCAGGAGGAGAGAUUGUGGAGAAGACUGUAGAGAGGAGGCAGAAGAGGAUGAUCAAGAACAGAGAAUCUGCAGCACGUUCACGAGCUAGGAAACAGGCUUAUACUCAUGAAUUAGAGAUCAAAGUUUCGAGCUUAGAAGAAGAAAACGAAAAACUUCGGAGGAGGUGGAGAAGAUCCUCCCAAGUGAACCACCACCGGAUCCUAAGUGGAAGCUCCGGCGAACAAGCUCUGCUUCUUUCUGAUCUAAAAGACUCUUCUUCUUUCUUCUUCUUCUUCUUCUUCUUCUUCUUCUUACUAGAGUUAUGUUGUCUGAUGCUAUACCAAGCAUCUUCCGUUGCUCGUUCUCUAUCAGCAGAUCCUAAGACCGCCAUAUCCAUUUUGUGCUCAAAGGGGAACCUCCGAGAAGCCUUCCAGAGAUUCCGACUCAACAUUUUCUCAAACACCGAUCUCUUCACACCUUUCAUCCAAUCAUGCGUCACCAGACAAUCUCUUCCCUCUGGAAAGCAGCUCCAUUGCCUCCUCGUCGUCUCCGGAUUCUCCUCCGAGAGGUUCAUAAGCAACCACCUCAUGAGCAUGUACUCCAAGCUCGGAGAUUUUCCUUCCGCUGUCGCCUUGUAUGCUCUCAUGCCCAAGAAGAAUUUCAUGUCAUCUAACGUACUCAUCAACGGGUAUGUGCGUGCCGGUGAUUUGGAAAGUGCACGGAAGGUGUUCGAUGAAAUGACUGAUAGAAAGCUCACAACUUGGAAUGCCAUGAUCGCUGGAUUGAUUCAGUCUGAGUACAACGAAGAGGGUUUGAGUUUGUUUAGAGAGAUGCACGCAUUGGGGUUUUCCCCCGACGAGUACACUCUGGGUAGUGUAUUUAGCGGAUCUGCUGGGUCGCGGUCGCUGCUCAUAGGGCAGCAGAUUCAUGCCUACACGAUCAAAUACGGGCUUGAGAUCGAUUCAGUUGUUAGCAAUUCGGUGGCUCAUAUGUAUAUGAGAACUGGGAAAUUGCAAGAUGGCCAAGAUGUCAUUAGAUCGAUGCCUGUGAGUAAUCUGGUUGCUUGGAAUACACUCAUCGCAGGGUACGCUCAGAAUGGAUGUCCUGAAACCGUGCUUUAUGAGUAUAGGAAGAUGAAAGUCUCGGGCUUUAGGCCGAAUCAGAUCACUUUUGUAACCGUGCUGAGUUCUUGUUCUGAUUUAGCGGUUAGAGAACAUAUGAAAGUGAAGGAAGUUGAAAAUAGCUACGAGUCUAGAGAAUUGAGGAGAGACCUUGCAAGAGAAGACGACACCGUUUCAUAUGACAGCUCUUGUACCUCUGCCACUACAACUUCACUUGUCAUGGCUCGGCCUUUGCAACGAGACAAGAGGUCACACCCAACU